AUGGGGGCUUAUUACGACGAGAUUGAAAUUGAAGAUAUGGCAUGGGAUGAGGUAAAAGGUGUCUAUCACUAUCCCUGCCCCUGCGGUGACCGCUUCGAGAUUUCUCGCAAGCAGCUCGCCAACUAUGAGGAUAUCGCGACAUGUCCGAGCUGCAGUCUGAUCAUUAGAGUUGUCUAUGAUCCUCUUGAUUUUGAAGACGAAUCUCCAGAUGACGACGGGUCUGCAUCGCAGGAAAGUGAAGAAGAUGAGGAUGAUGAUGAUGAUGAUGAUGAUGAUGAUGAUGAUGAUGAGGAUAGCGAUGACGACCAGUUCGAGGAUGCUCUUGAGAAGCUUACUCUCACCGAGCCAUCGGCAGCAUUGGUUGCAGCAGCAGCAUAA